AUGCUUCGGGUGGAAUUCGUCGUCGUGGCGCUGAUCGUAGCUACCGUCUUCGCGACAUCGCUUCGAAGGUCGGACUCCGAGAUUUUCUGGCCGACAGGUUUCCCUCCGCAGAACGUCUACGGACUCUGCGGCAGAGGCUGUCCUGAAGGACUCGUUUGCCGGUAUAUUUUCCUUUAUUCUUUCUGCAUGAGACUUUAAAGCCUUCAAAUGUUGUAUCGUAUUUCAGAAUAUUUCAAAAGAAUGAAAAGUGUUGAACAUCAAAAUUUAAAGAUGUAACCUUUUGAGAAAAAGUCUUUUUUGUUCUUUUUUUUAAAGUGCUUUUCGACUCGUUGCCGUCUUGGCUGCAGGUUCAUGCUUGUUUUAUAUAUGCCUUCUGUGAUGCGCCCUGCUGCGAAAGUUUCACCUGCCCAGGCUUGUGCGAGGGCCGGCCCGUCAACCUCUCCCCUCCCCCGGGCACUUCCCAAGCCCGCCUGGCCCGGCCUUAGAAGGGCCUCAAGCAAAAAUGGCCGGCCCGGCCCAAAAAGCUCAAAUUUUUUUUCAUUUUGAACUCUUCGCUUUUUUAACGAGAAAAGUGGGAUUUUUUUACUUAUUUUUUUCCUCAUAGAGUUAUGAGAAACUAUGAUUUAACAAAUAAAAAAAUAAUUUUUUUCCGUGAAAUUUUUUAUAAAUGAAAUUCAAGAUUUUUUUCAAAGCCCGGCCUGGACCGAGCCUGCGCAGGCUUUUUUAAAAAAUUGAGACGCAAAGGCCGGGCCGCCUGGCCUGACGCACAAGCCUGCACCUGCCUUCAAAAUACCUCGUACCUCGGUAACGCCAACCGAACGCGCCCCGGAAGUUUCGGAGAAUUCAAAAUUUCAAAAGAAGAUGAUUAUUUGUUUCAUGAAAAUUGAAUUGUCUUUCUUAUUUUCAACGUCUUACGGUAAGGUAAGAAUCUUACCUUGAAAAAUACCUUUUCAACAAAAAAAAGUCAAGAAAAAAGGCGCUAGGAGUGAAGACUUUUUUAGGUUAAUUUUCAAGUCUUAGAACUUUGUCCGUGCUCAUCUCCCUCUGGCGAAGCGCGAAAGUUUUCAUUUAUGAGUAGUCUUUCAUCUAGGAUAUGUCCACUUCGGAUGGUUUCCAGAGGAGCGAGAUCAAAUAUUUCCAGCCUGACAUUUACCCGUAAUUAUAGAAUAGCGUUAAUGAUUUACACAUACGUCAGUUUUUGGCAUGAAGGGAAAGGUAAUUGCAAUGUGCAAAGUGAGAACAUUGAGCUUAACGCGAAAUAAAAAGAAAAACUAGCCCGAGAGAGUUUUCAGAUCUGUGAGUAACGAACCGCAAUGGAAUGGUUGUUCUGUGACGUCAGCCUGCGAUAUUUAUCGCCUCAGAUGCGUUCCAGUCGACAAUUUCUAA